AUGCAGAUCGUGGCUCCCGCCAGAUUUCUGGAUGGUGUGGUUUUUGCGGUAUUCUUGCUGUUUGUGUCUGGCGCUGGGCUUUUCAUCUUCGGCGAGUUCCACAAGAUGUGCGUCAUCACGGAGGCGAAGAAGUUGGGCAUGUUUGCAGACAUUAUGGAUAAG